AUCUUUCUCCACAAGUCGGAAUAUAAUGCUGCGCUGCCAGUUAAGCGUUGAGCAUCCAAGACCGACGGCAUGUCGAAGGUAGUGUGCGUCACCGGCGGCAGUGGCUGCAUUGGCUCAUGGCUCGUCCAUCUUCUUCUUGAACGUGGCUACACUGUACACGCCACCGUUAAAGAUCUCAAUGAUGAUUCUGAAACCAAGCACCUUCAAGGCUUUGAAGGCGCUGACACUCGCCUCCGUCUCUUCCAGAUCGACCUCCUCGAUUACAAUUCCAUUGUCGCCGCCGUCGCUGGCUGCGCUGGUGUUUUCCAUCUCGCUUCUCCCUGCAUCGUCGACCAAGUUCAAGAUCCUGAGAAAGAGCUGCUGGACCCUGCUAUUAAAGGCACAAACAAUGUGCUCACGGCGGCUAAGGAAGCUGGGGUGAGCCGUGUCGUGGUAACUUCAUCGAUCUCUUCCAUUACUCCGAGCCCUAAGUGGCCAUCUGAUGUUAUCAAGAAUGAAGAUUGCUGGGCCGAUAUUGAAUACUGCAAGGAAAACCAAUUAUGGUAUCCGGUGUCAAAAACAUUGGCUGAGAAAUCUGCUUGGGAAUUUGCCAAGGAGAAGGGUUUGGACGUCGUGGUGGUCAAUCCGGGCACUGUCAUGGGUCCUGUGAUUUCUCCAAAACUUAAUGCAAGCAUGAUAAUGCUUGUACGUCUACUUCAAGGCUGCAAUGAAACAUAUCAGGACUUCUUUAUGGGAUCAGUCCACUUUAAAGAUGUAGCCUUAGCUCACAUUUUGGUGUAUGAGAAUAAAGCAGCAUCUGGUAGACAUUUGUGCGUUGAAGCCAUAUCUCACUAUGGUGACUUUGUAGCAAAGGUCGCUGAACUUUAUCCAGAGUAUAAUGUGCCUCGCUUGCCUCGAGAUACCCAACCAGGGUUGUUGAGAGCAAAAGAUGCGUCCAGGAAACUGAUGGAUUUGGGUUUGAAGUUCAUUCCAAUGGAGCAAAUAAUCAAGGAAGCCGUGGAGGACUUGAAGAGCAAGGGGUUCAUUUGAUCAUUUAAUUGCAAAUGAGUAUGAGUACUUAUGGGCUGCGGGCUUAUGGCAUGGGUAAUUUAUGAACAAUUAUGUACAAUUGGUUGAUAGCUCAUGUAGCUUAAUUGGUGAGGAGUAAUGUUAACUAAAAUAAUGCACAACUAUUUACUCACUAGCUCUGCAAAAUUAAGUUGAACCCUUUGGCCCUAUUUGGUACGCAGAAUCAGGAGGUUGAGAUUGGGAUUGGGUUAGGGAAUGAGAUAAAUUGUGUUGUUUGGUUUGUGGGAUCGAAGAUGACUUGAGAUUGGACAGUGCCACAUAAAUGGUUUCAGUUUUUGCGCCACUUUCA